GCUUGCAGGCCCUGCUUGCCUGUCUGCCUCCUAGUGCUGCAAUGCACAACGAAGUGGUGGAUGUACAAUAAUCCAAGCAAAACCCAUUGUGGUUCUGAUGAAAGGGAGACUAAUACACAAUUGGAGUCGGUGUUUUCCAGAAAGACUAAUGGGUGAUGCCGUAAGCUACUAUAACAGCCCCGCUCUGCUCCUCACAGGCUGCUGGCAGAUAUCUGAGUGGCGGGUCAAGCCUGAUUUGGCGUAGAGGUACGACAUUCCACAGGUGUGGGCUCAUGAACUGGGAUCUCUUUAACCGCUGGGGGGGUAUGACGGGCAACGGGCUGUAUAAAACAGCGACUGAGGUGACAAUCAGGGUAGUGCUAACUUGGUGGAGCAGUGAAGCAGUGAAGUGAAGUGCAGCAAACCACCGAGUGGCCCUGCUUGAGUAUUUCCUUCACCUUCCAUCAGAAAAGCCAGAAGAAACGCGGUUGCUGCCGCCAUCAUGAGCCGCAGCCCAGAUAGGAUCUCGUCCUACCGCCGACACUUCGAGGACAGCAGCAGCUCAUCCUACCAGGUCAGGGUGACCAGCCCGUCCCCCGCCAGGAGAGACACCCGUCAUGCCUCCGCCGGUUACUGCUGCCAAGCCGGAGGCGGCGGCAUGCGCGCGGAGUCAGCGGGCCGGAGGACUACCUCGGCUGCACGAAGGCCCCGCAUGGCAGGCGCAGGGGCGAGUGCUGGAGCCUUGGUCUGUGUGGGGCCAAGUGGAGAACUUCCUAUAGAUCUGGAUGUGGCUUCAGCCGAAAAUCAAGAAUUCCUCAACACCCGCACAACUGAAAGACAGGAGAUGGUCGUCCUCAAUGACCGACUGGCUGUAUACAUUGACAAGGUUCGCUCACUCGAGCAGCAGAACAAGCUUCUGGAGGCGGAGAUCGAGGCCUACCAGAACCGCUUUGAGAGUCCAUCAGGUCUGCGCCUCUUGUACGAGGAGCAGCUGAGGGAGCUCAAAAAGAUUGCCGACCAGAUGAGAGUUCAGCGGAACAUUUCCUUGGUGGCUAAGGAGUCCACAGCUGGUCAACUGGAGGCCAUCAAAAUCAAAUACGAGGAGGCAGUGGAGCUGAGGAGGAAAGCUGAGUUAGACAUUGAAACCUUCCGUCCAGAUGUUGACAAAGCCACCUACUCACGCAUUGCAUUGGAGAAGAAGCUGGAGCAGAUGGAAGUGGAAAUUGAGUUCUUAAAACGGGUCCAUCAACAGGAAAUUGAGGAGCUCAUGAAACAGAUUUACUCAGCUCACGCAUCAGCUCAGAGUGCGUUCGCCCUGCCUGACCUGGCUGCUGCUUUGAAACAAAUCCAAACGCAGUACGAUGACAUCGCAGCCAAAAAUCUCCAGGAGAUGGAUGCAUGGUAUAAAAACAAGUUUGAAGAUCUAACCAGUAAGACGUCAAGGCACGUGGAUACGGUGCGAAGCAUUAGAAAUGAAAUUGCAGGUGCCAAAAAGGAUAUUCAAAGCAAAAACCGUGACUUGGAUGCACUGAGGAGCAAAAAUGAAGCUCUUGAGGCCCAGAUCCGAGAGGCACAGGAGAAGUACAAGAAGGAAGUAGAAGACCUGCAUGCUCGGAUUGAGGCCCUGCAGCUUGAGCUAAAAUCCACGAAGGGGAAAAUUGCACUGCACCUGCGCGAGUACCAGGACCUUCUGAAUGUCAAGAUGUCUCUGGAGAUUGAGAUAACAACAUACAGGAAACUUGUUGAAGGAGAGGAUCUGCGGCUCUCUGGCAUGAUGCAAACCCUGUCCCUUACUAGCUGUAGAAUGGGUGCCAUUGGUGGCGGGAUGAGCUUCACUGGAGGUGGAGGAGGCACGGGUGGUGUUAGUGGAAUGGGUGGUAUGAUGGGAGGAAGUGGCGGAGGGGUUGAAGGCAUGGGGAGUGGAGUAGCAAUGGGUGCAGGGGGCAUCGGUGCAGGGGGAAUGGGUGCAGGGGGCACCGGUGCAGGGGGCAUCGGUGCAGGGGGAAUGGGUGCAGGGGGUACCGGUGCAGGGGGCAUCGGUGCAGGGGGAAUGGGUGCAGGGGGCAUCGGCGCGGCUCAAGGCACUGGGGCUGGAGGAAUGGCUGGUGCUGGUGGUUCGGAUGACAAAAUGGGUCCUGGUGGGGCAGGAGGGGCGGAUAUGGGUGGCCUUCAUGGAUUGGGAGCUCGGGGUGGGGGUGUACGAGUUGGUGCUGGGGCUGGGGGUACUGGUCAAGGCAGGGGAGGCGAGGGGGCUAAAGAAAUGAAUGGUGAUGGCUCUGGGGAUGGCAUUGGGGGGUCUGGCUAUGGGGCUGGAGGUGUGGGCACCGGUCCUGGGGGUUUGGGCAGUGGUCUUGGUAGAGCGACGGAUGAUGGGAUUGGCAGAGGCAUAGAUAGAGAAGCAGGUAAAGAUCAUGGAUUGGGUGCUAACGGGAUGGGUGGCGGAAUCGGAGGCAAUGGAGGAACUGAGGGUGUGGGGGGAGGUGUUGCUCUGUCAGGCAUCGGUGGAAUGGGGACGAUUCGUGGAGGAAUGGGUGACACUGGAGGGUCCGAUGGAUAUGACGGCAACAAUGAGCCUUACGCAGAGCAAGCCGUUGAGCUGACGGAGAGGAGGACGGUACUCAUUAGUUAAAAAUGAGGAUCAGGUGCUGGAGAUGGACCACCAAGAACAGACCUACAUCAUUACUGGUGCAGCCGACGACUCCGACGACGAAUGAGCAGCAUGAAUUACUAAUUGACCUCCCCUCGCCCUUAAACCUCACCGCCCCUCUGAGCUUUGCACUGACCGCAGCCCAUGUCUGGGCACUGACCUUCGCCCUUUGCCCUGGACAAGAGCACCAUGAAUUACCCUUUGCCAGAGAGUGAAACAUUCACCUCAUGGGGUUAAAUAUGCCUCACUAGUAACACAACCCC